AUGUCAGCUCUACGACCUAUGGCAGCUGCUGGUCCAGGACCGCAGACAUGGCUGUAUCGCCUUAGCUUGGGCACCAAUGCGACAACUCAUCUUCGUCCCCCGUUACUUCGACCGUUGCACACUACUGCCCCCGCACCUGCUUACAAGCGGAGUCGAAAUGUCAAGCCCAAACCCAAUGUCACCAGACCACCGCCAUCGUCGAAGCCGAAAGGCCUUUCAACAACUGAGCAGGCUGCAAAACCUGUCGCUCAUGAUCCCACUUCCCCCUUGACAUCUCGUGGCGAUGCGAUCUUGUUAGGGGUACCACCGGACUAUCCCAUCGAAGCCAAUAUCAAUCGACUUAUCUCGCACCUUCAGAACUCCCAAUUAGAUCAAUCGAUCGCGGAAUGGGCUCAACUGUGGGACCUUCGCUGUAUACACCGUCUGGCACCAUGGCACUUCGAAGUUAUAUCCAAUAGUAUCCGUCAAAUCCUGUUCGGCAAGAAUUACCCUCAUCUGGGUAAAAUGGCAUUAUACGAAGCUGCCAAAUAUGGGCAUCUGAAGAAUAUGGUCAUUGAAUCUGCAUCUAGAGGAUAUGCAUUGGGGUUAUAUGGAUUUAUGUUGAAGUUGAUCGGAACUGGUAGACCUAAAGAUGUGGUCGACGCGUAUGAGAGGUGUAAAGAGCAUAUGAGGGAGAUUCAAGGUAAAAAGAAAGAAGAUUUGUUUUCUUGGGAUAGGAUAAAAAGGUUAAAUGCGAGAUUAGAAGAUCCAUCUGCUCGCCCCAUUGGCAAUCAGAACAAAGUCAAUGUGGGAUUAAAGCAUCUUCUGAUGGCUAAUAUAGCUGCGCAUACUUUAAUGGAUACGUUAGAUGAUAAAGUUUUAUUCUCAAUGUUGGAUUCUCACAUAGAUCUCAGACCAACAUCGACAUUCGAUUUCAAACCUAUCGAUAGAGCUUUGAAAGCUUCCAAAGCCCCAUCACAAGUUCACAAGAGAUUCAGAGCGAAUGUGGAUAAAUUGGUCCUUUCCUUGAUGUGUUACCAUCCUAAUGCUUUGGUGGCAAGGAUCAUCACGCUGGGAACUAGAAAAUCAGAUACCAAGCUGGAUAGAUUGUAUGAUAGGGUAUUGGAAGCUUCUAUUGGUCCCGAUGCUUAUCUGAAACCCAGAGAAUUGGAUGAUUUCAGUCUGGUCUUUAGGAAUAUACCGAUUCCCCCUGUUAUAUGGUUGCAAUUCAUGAAAACGUUUGAAUGGAAAGGUGACGUCGACCGAAUCAUCAAGAUGAUCGAUGUCGACCUACCUGAAAGAGGCCUAGAACCCAAUGGUGACUUCCUUUCUUCCGCAAUGCUGUACAUGGCGAUCCUGUCCCAGCGUGUUGGUCAGCCUUCUGCUGUGAGAUCAAAAGCUAGAGCAUGGGUAGAUGAAUAUUGGCGUCGACUCACUACCCAAAACUGGCAUGUUGAAGAUCAACCUUUUUCAAGGCGAAUACGAACGUUGAGUAUCUUAUCAUUCGACGAACCCAAUUUACGAAAUGAGAUUAAAAGCUUGUAUAAAGCUGCCAAAGAAGGUCAUCUGGGUAGCAUACAUUCUAGGACUCGAGCGGCUUUUGUUGAAUUUUUCAUGAAGCACGGAACACUCAAUCAAGCUUGGCAAAUAUUCCAGACCUUUCCCAUGGACACCACUAGACCUGAAGAUAAUUCCGAUAUAGCUUUUGCAGUUUUCAUUCGAAGACUCGCUUUAGGUCCAUGGCCUGUUGAAGACAAGUUAAAGAUGUAUAAGAAAGUAACCAAAUUAUUCAUCGAUAGUGGUAUACCUCUUCGACCCCAUGUGUUAGGACCAUUAUUAUCGGUCCAACUCCAAGUUUUAAACUUACCCAUGAAGACCAUAGUGGACCUUACUUUAAAUGCUACGACUGAUGCCGAGGCUCCCGAUCCAGGUAUACAAAGAUGGACCAAAGUUUUAUAUGGGAUGAUAACCAAGUGGACACAUACAGCUUCACCUACCUUAUUGGAAAUUCAAGCUGGUCUGUAUAUAUUGGAAAAAGCAAGUGAGAGGAAACUGUAUGGAGUGACUAGAUCGAGAUUGGUACAAAUGUGGAUGUCAUUCCUUGGGCCUAUAGCUAAAUCUACUUAUACGAGUGCGGAACAAAGACAGGAAUAUAUUGAUUUAGCGUUGGAUCUCUUCCCUGAUGGAGGGAAAGCGAAUGUAUCGAUUAGUAUGUGGAUGGAAAUUAUUACUCAUUCGUUCAAUCGACAUGAUGGUGCUGGAUUUGGAGAAGGCCAUAGAAGAUGGAAAGAAUUGGGACAAAUUAGGAUGGUACAGGCUAUUUGGUAUAGCAAGAUGUUGGACUUAUUGAUCAAACAUGAUAAGAUUGAUUGGGCCUUGGAUCUAGUCAAGGAUGCUUGGAAUAAGAAACAUAUAAAGAAGACUGAUGGAUUUUAUCUCAGAGCUAAAGCCUAUGGGUUGAUCAAUAAAUCGAAUUUGGAUAUGGAGUUGGAGAUGGAGCAGAAUAGGUUGAUGGAUGAUCAAGAUGGUCAAGUGAAGAGAUGGAAAGUACCGAUUGCAUUUGUGGAAGAUUACGAGGAUGAAAUGUACCUUGAAGCAGAAGAGCAAAGCUCGAUUGAUGAAGAGGAUGUAAUAGAUGAGGAAGAUGCGGGGUUCCAGGAUGAAGAGGACAUAGACACUGAGGGAGAAAUAAAUAGGUCGUGA